UUUGUGUUUUCAUAAAAUUUAACAACACUCAAAUAAUCGUGGCGUCAAAACAUUACGCACGGCUGCAUCCUCAACGCGAGAAGCUCCGAAAUGCAGACAACACCCACCGGAACAUCUGGUUUAUCCCGUAAUAAAAAGAUUUGCGUAAACGGAGAAUCGAGUGGGGAGAAGGAAAUCCACCUUAGAGAAGGUCGGUUUAACCGGCGCGAUCACGUUGCGCGCAAACAAAAUAUCCUACCCACAAUACAUUUCGCACAUUCUCUGCGACGACUCCUUCUAUACGUCACAUCCAACCGCCUUGACUUUUCUCUCUCUUUUAUCAAUGAUUUAAUCGAACUGGGAACAGGCUAGUAUAUGCGGUCGCACAAUUAUUCAAGUAUAUACGCCGAAAGUUAAGUAUUUAUUUCGCGUUUUACCAAAUGCGAAAAAAACCUUCCAUAUAUGUACGGAUCUUCAUAUGCGUACGACCCCGCGUGUCCUAACCGAACCUUAUUUAUAUUCUUUUCAGCAUAUUCAUCAUGAUUAAAAUGAAAAAAGCAUAGUUAGGUUUGGGGAGGCACGAUUUUCAAUUUAUUGAUACAUACUGCAAAAUAUAAAUCCACUUGAAAAGAUAUAAACUUGUAAACAUAAAAGAAUUUUUAUUGAUUCAUUUAAAAUUUGACCGGUUUGGAAAAGGGUGAAUUCACGCUGAAUGUUAUUUCAUGUCCUAACCAGUUUGAAUAACGUUUUCGUUUCCCAGCUCCGGGAAGAACUAUAUUACUUAUCAAACAUAUAUGUAGCUGAUAUCAAAAUUAUGCAGGGAACAUUUUAUUGGUAUCGAGUAAUAAAGAGCGUAGUUUUUUUCGUACUCGUAAAUUCGCAUAUUACGUUUUAAGGGUCGAAUAAGAAUGUAUUUUGUAGGAGUGUCUCCUUCACUCUGUGCAGUGUGGUCCACCUCGUGGGCCACCAGUGGCUGCGAAAUAAACAUUUUUUUUUGUCAAUAAGACGCUCGAUCGGCGAUCCGUGCGGAAAAUAUAAAAUAACAAAAACUAAUCGGAAACAUAGAAUUAAAGAAAGGCGCACUUAUUUUACGUCAUAGUUUUCGAGAAAUAACUACGAGAGUAUAUUUUUCAGUACACCUAUAUUUUUCUGACCAUCUCAUUCACGUACUCGUAACGCGCACCGUGUGGUGUGUGGCAAUGUCGGGGAGUGACAGCCCAACAUUUUUUCACGGUCAGCCGUGGUCCAGCUGGAUUGAAAGGAUCGGGAGAGACAAGCCUUUAAGCGAUGAAGAACCUGAUGCCGAACCUUCCAGCUCAGUCACUCGAUUGUCUUCGGAUGACAUCGAUCUUUAUGGAUUUUGCCCCGAAAGGGAUACUUUCUACGGAGUUGUUUGUGAGAUAUGCAACUCGAUUAUCAAACCACAGGCCCUCAUACAGCACAUGGAGAGUAGACACGCUUCCGGAACGGUAAAUUUGCCACCCCCGUCGACACCGCUCGUGAAGCCAACGGUAAAAACGCCCUAUUGCAAAGUGUCGAAAUUGAAGAGAACGCAAUCCUCAGGUCAAAUUCAAUCGAGUGGUAAAACGAAUCACAGUGGGACGCCAUCAUCGUCAACGGCGUUAUCGUCCUCGUCCAUGGGAUCCACGUCAGUGUCGACAUCGGUGUCGUCAUCAUCGUCGUCGUCGUCUUCGUCAUCGUCGUCGUCGUCUUCAUCGUCAUCGAUAAAGCGUACGGCGGAACAGGCGAAUUUGCAAAAUAUCGGAUCUUUAACGUCGCCACGUUCGCCAUUGGAAACUAUUGCGGUUCAAGCGACGUCGAAUGCAACGACAAUUGUUCCCUCGAGUCCGGUGAAAAGUCCGGUCAACAGUGGACAACCGAGACGUAAAAGACUCAAGGGUGAUCGUGGCCUGUUGAAAGAUCGGGAAUACGACGCGGAUCGACAUUGCGGUGUUUGGAACGAUGAAACGGGGAAGCCGUGUACACGCUCGUUGACUUGUAAAGCUCAUACCGUUUCGCUGAGACGUACAGUUGCUGGACGGAGCAAAGCUUUCGACAAAUUACUCGCGGAGCACAGAGCAGCCAAGGACUUACCAAAUCGAACUUCCAAGGUGACCUUGACUGGUACAGUGACCGUGUCAACCGCAACCAACCCCACAAUCAACGUCAAUUCCUUUCUAACCACAAACACAAACAUCUCUGCUGCCAAUGAGUCGGAGACUACACCGGGAUCACCACCGGUGCUCUCCUUACCCGACACUUAUCCACUGCCCAAGGCUGUUGAUUUGCUUUAUCGGUGUCUGGCCCCGCAUGGCUCCGCUAAACCUACAAAAUUGGAGGAGGAUUUUGUCAACGAAGAGCUCAGGUUGGAAUCAGCACUGGCGAACUCGUCGAUGGUAAAUCCUGGAAAGUCCAUGAUGGCGCCGAUAUCCGUUAUCCUCCCGUCGUUAUCACCGAUCACAUCGAACAACGAGACAACGAGUGCCGUUGCAACGUUGAUUCCGGCGACUGUUUCAACCGCGAUUCCAACGAUCGCUACGACCAUGUCAGUUUCGCGAACGCUACCAGGAAAUGUACUUGACACUGGGAGCGAAGCACCAAUCGAGAUCGAUCCUGUCGAGAGCAUGACUCUCUAUUCUCCGGUCUCCGUUUACAAGGAUGCCAAAUCUCAGAUUGUCGUUCAAUUGCCACGUACUAGUAACAGUCUCAUUCAAUCGCCGAGAAAUUAUCAGGCUCAGGCUUCAAUGCCCAGUCUCAGUAUGUUCGAACCUGUCGAACAGAGUGAAACAUCACCUCAGCAGCAGCAGCAGCAGCAGCAGCCACAACAGCAGCAGCAGCAACAGCAGAAUCAACCACAGCAACAACAUACAAAACAAAUGGCCAAUGGAAAACGGCUGAACAACAGUCACAGCGUUCUUCUGAGUCCUCUCAGUCGUCAUACCAAAAGAAGCAAGCACGAAUAUCGUCAAGAAUUUUCAACCUCGAUACAAGUUGAGGCUACGACAACCUCGACCCCUUAUCCGCACUUUAGCGAUAUUGCUUGGUCAAAUUGUCAUCCGGAACCAUUGGCCGUAAGCCGAUGGCUUCGCAUCACAUCCAACCGUAAGCAGUACAACUUCAAUAUUCACUGACACAAAACCCCACCCACUCCAGGCUGAGGACUCUCGCACGCAUCAUCAAUUUUUGUAUACUUAUCAUUUUCAUCAUUCUCAAUCGUAAAAUUUCCAUUUUAUUUUCAUUUACCAAUCUUCUCUUGGGCCUGAAGAACCUUUUUCAGCCUUCGACGGGCUCCCAAACGUUGUUAUUGAUGCUAAUGUUGUACAUGUUGUUAUUAUCAUUACUUUGAUUAUUUUAUUAUUCACAAUUCCAAGAGUCCAAAGCCUGUUAAGUUGGGUCAAAUCCCUGCCUGGUGCGCAGAUAAAAGACAAUUUUAGGGUUUUUUUUCACUUUGAGUCAAUUCAAUACGAAAUUGUUUUUUUUUUUUUUUCAAAUUAAGGUUGGAAAAUACUUUGGAGUUGAUCAAUUUUUCGUUCAGUUUUUUGGGUAGAUUUGAAAACGAUAAAUUUGUCAUGGGUUUUAUAAGUAAUGGCUCGAUAAUGAUUAUCAUACAUAAUGUCUCCGAUAGAACGUGUAGUUAACGAAUUGUUUUAUGUGUACAAUCUGUCGGGGAGAAGAAAAACGUUAAAUCGGUUUUUUGAUGUGACAAAAUCAAGGCUUCUAUUUAGUUUCAUAUGAAUGUUUACAUGCAUUUUCUGCAUAUAUACAUUAUGAAUAUUCACAUGUAGGAAUUUGUAGGAAUUUUUAAAAUUUUAUCAAUUGUACAUAACGAGAGUCUUUAGUUUUAGUAUUAACACCGACGAUCGAAACCGUUUUUGUUAAUUCGUAGUCUUUCAAUCGAUGUACAAACAUUCAAUAAUUCGAUGUUCACCUAACGACAUUGCUUUCGUGUAAUUUUUUUUUUUUUUAACAUACAAACGGAUCUCUUACGGUUUUUUGCGUAUACGAGUAAUAUUAAGAAUGAUAAAUUAUUGAUUUUAUCGAUUGAUCAUGAAUGAAAUUAAUUUCAGGAAUUACUGGCUGUACACUCGUGUUGUAAGAUAAUAGUUUUCGAAUUGUCUUGACAACGUUUUUUUCACUAAUCUAUAAUCCUAAAGAAAUCAUAAUAUUUCGAUAUUUUUUCCUCUUCAAACGAAUACAGCAGUCUUUGAAUUUGAAACUGUACAGCGAGUAAAAUCCUCAAAGUGAUGUACGGGUAUAUUUAAGAAAGAUCGAUGAGUUUCUCAACCGACGCUUCCAUUUGGUAGCUUGCCAAGGUAAUUGUCGUUUAUAUUUAGCCACGAUGAGAAACGAAUAAAUGCAUUUAAACGCAUAAAAAGAAAGAAACACAGGAAUAAAAAGUAUAUAUAACUAUGAAAAGGAAGAAGGGGACAUUGAAUAUUUCUCGGGGUUUGUUGUUGAGUAGGAUUAAAAGAAAAAGUGAGAAAGCUCUCGAGAAAAGCUUCGUACGGAAAUAAACCGAGGCCGAUAAUACUCGACUUGGACUAAUGUACGCAAAAACGCCAGAUGGAUCUCUUAUAGCUUCCAAAAUGGAGAAAGUGAAAAAAAACGAGGGAAAAACAAUAAAAAUUAGUGACUAAUGAUGUUAUAGAAUAAAGUCCCGAAAGAAGAAAACGCUUGCCUAACGAUAAAAAAUGACGAUCAAUUACUUGUGAAAACAGAAAAAACAGAGAGGACACACUGGAGAUUCGUAUCGUUGAGAUUUUCCUUGUAAAUUGUAAAUUAAUUUGUCAAUCUAUUUGCAUGUAUAUUGAUCACUCAACAAUUGACGUUCGAGAGUAGGCAAAGAAACGAAAAUACAAAAGAAUACGGUAGUACUACUGUUUUACAAGAAAUUUUAGUCAUUCUUGAUCGUUUUUUGAAACAAUUCUCAACGAUUGCUCAAUUAAAAACUUUGAAAAUGGUGAAAAAAAAACCAGCAAUAAGAAUAAUGGUAAUAUUGAGCCUGGCAGAGCUAAUAUCGUUCAUUUUCAUCGGGCUAGUUUUCGUUGCUCCAAUCUUUAAUAUGCAAAUUCAUUGUUCAUGUAGAGUCGCAACGAGGCGGCAGUGAAACGAAAAAACGGAGAGAGACAAAAAUGAAUUUGUUUCACCUGAUUUUACGUAUUGCCGUUGUAACGAGCCCGUUGAUUUGAUUAUUCUAAGACUGCUCCUGUACGUAAGUGAUCCGUGAUAAGAUUUAGCAAAUCGAUAAACCCGCUCACGGUACACGAACGUACAUCUUGUACGCUUAAACGUAAAGAAGGAAGAAUGAUACGAGAGUGCGUGUGAGUGUAUAUUGCAUGUGGAGAAAAAAAAACACACACACUGUUGCGAGUGAACUAUUUUUUCUCCUUUUUUGAAAUGUUAAUGAUUGUUCUAUACAACCUGGGUUUCCAAAUACCUCGAUACUCUUUGCCUCAUCGUGUUAUUUAAACUUCGAAUGAGAACGAGAAAACUCUUUCGUUUUUAUGAUUUUGUCCUCGAUCUACGCCUAAAAUCGUGCGAUUAAGCAACGCUGCAAAUGAAUGUUUUGUCUCCUUAUCAUAGAUUGUGAUAUUUAAUUCGUAUAAAAUUAGAUAGAGCGAAAAACCAGUAAAAUUAAACGUUAAAACGACGAGGGAAAAAGGGCGAAUAAGAGGCUCGAAAAUAUCUAAUUGUAAUGUAAUAUAAAUGUCGGAGCGCUCUUAUUCCUCGUGUACAUGUGCGUGAGUGAAUGAAGAGAGAAAAAAUAAACGGUCGAGAGCAAAUAGGGUGAAAUCGAUUGAUUUAGGACGAUCAAUUCGAACGAAAUCGAUCCUUGUUACUGCGUAAUAUCGUACCGAAAUUUCGUGCUUCCUGUUUCUUCUCUCAAGAUCCGCGAGACACCUCGGGAGCGCGAGGAAGAGAGUCCACGAGAGCGUGAUAAAGAAAAAACAUGUAUUAUGCGAGCCUGUAAUUACUGCAUCAACGUACUAUCAUAAUACUUUGCCAAUUUUUUUUUUUUUUUUAUUUUGUACAGACAUCCACAGUUGCAGGGAUUGGCAUAUAUAAUUAUGAAACGUUAUUAAAUUAUCAUUCCGAUAAGGAAAGGGACAUUUAUUUUAACCUAAUAUAAUUCAAUAUUUGAAUAACGCGGUAUUGAUAAAUAAAACUGCUAAAUCAUGCCAAUCUCCAGCUGCUGAUUUGUACUCUGGCAGGCUUUACUUAAUCAGACGAAAAUUCAGUCUCAAAUGACAUGCAGAAAAGAAAAUAAUCAUAACGCAUGAGUGAUUCCAAAUAAUUGUAAAACUUAAAAAUUCAGCGAAUACCUUAACGACUAGAAGAGCAUAGAGCUAAUAAUGCGUAGACUGACGAUAAAUUGCGAAAUACGCUGCGCGAUCGAAGCAAAAGCGUAUGUAUAAAUUAAAAAGUGAGAGAAAAGAUUUUUUUUCGAAUGGGUUUAACGUUUCACUUUGGUAGAUACUAAAAAUUCCUGUACGAAUUUCCUAGAUAAUUGAGCGUAUAUCGUAUUAGGGUGGUUAAGAAAAAUUAACAACCAUCUGGAGAAUUAAAUAGAACAAAAAUAUCCAUUUUUAACCACUUUAAAGAAGUUUCGAGUCACAAAGGCUAAUUUGGUAAAAAAGAUACAUCUGUUUUUUUUUCCAUUUUAGGAAGAAUCAAUUUUAUUACUUUGAUUAUUUAUUCAUUAAUGUGUCUUCGUUACUAAGGUUUCCCGAAGAUACCUAUCACAUACGUAUAUGCGAUUGGAAAGUAAUGUACAUAGUUGUGUCAGGCGUGCGUGAAGUUGAAGUGUAAAGUGUAACAGAGACGAAUUGCGAGGUCCUGAGAGAGUGUCUCGAAAGCAUGUUUACCCCCCCCCCCCCCAUAUAUGAGUUCACAUAAACGCAUAUGGGCCCUUUCGUUUCGGCUUUGCCCUAAGAGCCACUGAAACGUCUGUCUCAAUAUAUACGUGUACACGUGUAUCCAUGUAUUUAUGGCUCGUUUUUUUUUUAUGUUAACGAAGAAGGUCGAAUUUUAUUGAUUUUCGAAAUCGAACCGAUGAAUGACGGAUUUUCAUUCGAAAACGAGAAUUAUUUUACCAAACCGGAGGCUUUUUCCAAAAAUAAAAAGAAACAAGUCGAAGAGUGAGAGUGAGAUAUAAAGAUGGGAGAACCUUGUGGCAUUUAAAUACAUAUUUUAUAUUUAUUUGUACAUGAUUUUUUUUUCUUCAUUUUUUCACUUCCAAUUGAUAGCAAUCCCGUCAAUCGAAGGUCAAGCGGUGCCGCGCUACACACCUUUGAAUAUCGUAGACCCUAUCGUAUUAGAAUUAUUUUUUAAUCCUUUUGGUUCAAAAAGGAGAGAAUAAAACUGCAAAAGGGCAAAAAAGUUCCUCGAUGAAAAAAAAAAAAAAAAAUAAUAAUAGAAUCGAAAAAUCCUAUUGUAAUUAUCUCCGAACAGAGUAAAAGGAGUUCCGCUCCAUUUUGCAUUACGUCCGUGUGUGUACACGUGAUGUGCAUACUCGACAAUUAUUGUCAUUCCCCAGCAGUCCGAAACUAUGGAGAUUUUUACACGAGUGCAUUUUCUAUUACUCUUUUAUUCAUAUUCAAUGCCAUUUUUUACCAACGCUCAUAAGAAUAGUAAGAAUAAUAAUAAAUCGUCGAAAAUUUUUCUUUCGCAAUAUUUGUCGCGAUAUCGAUUGAACGAAAAAAAGAUAAAAGAACGAAAGAAUUUCUUCCAUGCUGUAAAACCGUGUAUGUGUCCGUUUGGACGAAUAUGAACUGUUCACUUUUUUCCAAACUUUCAAAUUCCUUCGUAAUCCUCUGUCGGCAAAAUUUUCAUGGAACCGUCGCUAUAUUUCUCGUGAGGUUUUUAACCAAAAAUUGGGCUUUUAGGCAAUAAUAUACGGUUCGGUUAUAAAAAAAAAAAAAAAAACGAUCAAUAAUCACUUAUUCCGUCGUAAUUUCCCGACGAGAUUAAACAAUUCAAAGAGAAAAUAAUACUUCUUAUUAUUAUGAUAAUAUUAUGAAGAAAAAUAAUAAUGCUUGGAAAAAAGGUGGCAAGUUUAUUGUAAAUGACAAGUAUGUAUAUUAUACCGUGUUGUAUAUCGAAUACCUCAGACUCGAUCAAUAUCAGUAUAUUGUUAUACAAGUGAUCGUUAAUUAGGAUUAUGUGCACAUAAAGCUUCGAGCUUGAAAUAAAAAUGGAAAUAAUGGGAUUAUA